UAUCGAAUGCGACGAAAAAAUGUUCGAGCGGUAAUGCUAAUAAUCAGUACAUUUACGUAUCUGCUAAUUGGCGCUGCCGUAUUUGAGAAAUUAGAGUAUCGCACCGAUCUGGAACAAAGACAUGAAAUCGAUAUAAUCGCGAAGAAGCUCUACAGCAAAUAUAAUUUCACCGAGAAGUAUUGGAAUUUCGUUGGUGCCUUCUAUUUUGCUAUCAUUGUCAUUACAACAUUAGGUUAUGGGCAUUCGACACCAAACACAACCCUAGGAAAGCUGUUCUGUAUGAUUUUUGCACUAGCUGGUAUCCCACUUGGCUUGAUCAUGUUCCAGAGCAUUGGCGAACGCGUCAAUACCGCCAUUGCUUUCAUACUCAGAAAGGUUCUUGAUUAA